UUGUGAUGGGCGCCUGAGAGCAGUGCUGUAGCAGUAAACAAGUUACAGAACAGUGUUCCCAGUAAUCAAAUCGCAUUAUGAUUGACAUUUAUAUACUAAAAUAAGUAAAUUCUAACAAUUUAAUGUGCAUGGAACACACUAUCAUGGCCGAGGAAGACUUUGUCCAUUUCGAUGAGGGAAAUGUAUUUGACGGUGAGAGGUUACCUGUAUCUGCAGUUCAUACUCUAGAUGGAGAGUCACUUGUUGUGAUGAAGUAUGAGAAAGACAGCUUUGAAGAGACUCCCAUCAAGACAGAGGCUGUGGGGGAAAUUUUACUACCACCCCCUACUGAUGUUAUUACACCUGGUGACCACACUGAGGUGAAUGCCAUAACUGAGGAGAGUAUACUGGUGAGCAGCACUCCUGACCUGGCUAAGCUGCCCACACUAGAAGUCACCAUAAACCAUACAGGAAGCUCUCAUGCCCAUAACACUGAAAGCAGAAGAGUUGCAGUUUACAAACAUGCAUUAUCUGGGGAACAAAUUGUCCUAAGUGAAGAAGAAAAACAUCCAAAGGCUCCUCAAGAACUUAAUGAAAUGCUGGUGUUAGAUGAUGGCAAUAGUGUUGUUAGUUUACAAAAGUCAGUUGUUGAUGAGUACCGAAGAAAGACAAAGUACUAUGGCCCAUUGAAGGCAGCUGUUGAAAGAGUUAAAGUGGUGCAGGAGGGCAAAGAGAGAGAAGUGCUGAGGACUAAAUUAAUGCAAGUGAAAUUUGUGUCAAAGGAUGCCUCUGGACAAGAUCUCAAAGGGAAAGAGCUUUUGCAAGCAGUAGCAAAAAUCCCUGGACUCAUUCCAUCUUGUGAUCCUCCAGUCAACCAUGAGGAAGAAAGUGGAAAUGGUGUUGUCAGUGAGAGUGAGGAUAUUAAUAAAGGAGACAUGGUAUUGAUCAGUUUUGGUGAUGAUGAUAACAUUAGUAUUAGCAAGAAAGCUAUAGAACAAUAUAGAAAACUUUCUCAGGUAACAAAACCACUUGGAGUUCAGCGAGAGAAAACUUUUAAAAUUCAAGAUAAUGAAAGGAUUCCUAUUACCAUUGUACGGUUGUUUCCCAGUGAGAAUGUUGUACCUGCUUCAUCACCUGUCUGCAUAAAAGUAGAAACUCCUCAGGAAGAAAAAAUACCAAAGGUAAGAAGAGGGCGACCACGAGGACGAGGAAGAGGGGCAACAAGAGGUAGGAGGAGACAGCAACCCAAGUUCCUGCAGGAGUACACGGCUUUGCAAAGAGGUCUUAAACCAAAAGUAAAAGAAGAACCCGAGUCUGAUCAUUUAGAAGAUACACCUAAGAGUGAGUCUGAGGAUGGUGGCAUCAGUACCUUUGGUUAUGAAAGUGGUGUGAUUGUUCAAAUGAGUCCUAGUUAUAAUGCUUCUGAGACUGACAUGGAUGAUUUUGACAACUGUGAUAAUAUUAAUGGAGAAGACAUAUUGCCAUUUCAGCUUAAUUCAGCCCCUGUCGAUAUGAGUUCAAAGCUCACAUCAAAUGAAAUUUGGAAAUAUCUUACUGAAUAUGCCUCAAAAUGUAACAGAGUUCAAGGUUUGAUAACACAAUUUAAUAAUGAAAGCUGGUUAGAGGUUAAGAGAAUGUCAGAUUUUUUUCAUGUAGAUGGUGAAGUAAUGACGGAUGUGUCAUUUAAAGCUGUGUACCGGAAUGAUCCUUCUCCUGUUACUUAUUUCCUCCGAGGAUUUAGUAGAUUAAUAAGAACGGGGGAGUUGUCCACGGCAAAUGACAUCAACCACCUAUUUAAAUGUUUGUCUCAUGACCGAAAAUUGUGCCUUGGUUUAAAACCUUCUCCUUACCAGCCAGAUGUAGAAACAAAUGAACAAGUAAGGCUCUAUUUCAAACAAAAGGGCCAAUUUGUGUCAACACCAUUUGAAAGUCUCUUUUCCAAAGCCUGCCGAGGAAUAAUAACCAUUAGAGGUAAUUCAAGUUCUACCACUUUCACCCGAGGCUCCAAGAGCAUACUGGGUGUGCAUGCCCUGUGUAGUGCUUGUGCCAUGCUGGGCAAGAAGAUGAAUCAACUGAUGAAGGCUUCCCAGAAAAAUGGUGCUAAUGUCAGAAUUAACAGUUCAAUUGAAAAGUUAACUGAAGAUAAGUAUAACAAGCAACUCUUUCGGCAGCCAAUCAAGAAUAAAGGAGCACCCUUGAGCAGCAGUGCUAUACGGCAGAUCUUUACUCAAAGUGUUGCAGAGGUUCUAUCUGCACGAGUUCCAACUGGUCUUUCUAAUACCCAAGAUGAAACCGACUUGGAUGAAGAAGUCCGAGUAAGAGGUAAACGGAAAAAAGGCAGAAAGAGACCCAGUGAGGAAGGUGAAGAAGAGGAGGACACGAGACCAAGUGUUGGUGUUUCAGAGGAAGAAUUUUUACAGAUGAUUGAUCUACGUCCCCCAAAUCCUGGUAUUAUAGCAAGAUCAUUAGUAAAGCGGUGUAAUGUAUGCCAAUUUCGUGCUCCUACAAUGUUAGCCCUAUUUUCUCACAUGCAGGGACAUAUGGGUACACUAAAGGAGAAGUGUAGUGAUUGCCAAGUUCAGUUAUCCAGCAAAGAAGCACUUGAAACUCAUCGAAAGCAAAUGCACACUCAACGUUCUCCCAUGUGUAUUAUAUGUCAGUUGGACUUUACCACAAAAGAUCAGCUGUUUGAUCACAUGAAUAAGCAUCGUGAUCACCAUCCAUUUGAGUGUCCAUUUUGUGAUCAUAAGCUAACUAAUAUGGAUGCAUACAAAAAACAUGUAAGAUUAACACACAAAAUUAAAUCUGUUAGAGAGUUGAAAUUAUCUUGCAAAACUUGUAAUAUACACUUUUACACUCGGGAUCACCUACUCUUACACCGUGUGAACCAAAAUCAUGAAGAUAUAGAUAUGUUUAAUUGUAAAGCUUGUAGCUCCUCUAGUGUUACAGCUAAUGAAUUUCGGAGUCACGUUUUAGAACAUACAGAAGAAGAAAGAGAGGCAGCAAAUAUAGCAAUCUGUUCACAGUGUUACAAAGUUUUCUUUUCAACAUUUAAACUAAAAUUCCAUAUGGAAACAAAGCAUAAUCAAGGGAAAAAAGAACCAGAGCCAGUUCAAGUUGAACCUCAUACUAGUGAACCACCAAAGAAGAAAAAGAAUAAGGGACCAUACUUAAGGUACUUAAGGGCCAAUGAAAAAUACGAGUGCCACAAAUGCAGACGAAGAUUCAAAAUUCGGGAAACAUUGGAAAAUCAUGUAAAAUUCUCUCAUGGUGAAAAGAAAGUAACAAAGGCAGACUUUGAGUGUAAUCAGUGUGGUCGCAAGUUCAAUGCCCUUCGACGACUGGCCAAUCACACAAAAAUUCAUUCGGGUAAUAGACCUGUUUUCCAGUGUGAAGAGUGUGGUCAGAUUUAUGGCAAAAAGAUUCAAGUGCUAGAACACAUCCGUACUGAUCAUGCUGAGCAGGUACAGCGCCACCAACAACGACAGGAGCUUCUGCAAUCUAGUCAACCAACUGAUUCUUUAGGAGACAUUCAGGAGCAGCCACAACACCCAGUCAUUGAAGGAGUAGCUUCAGCCUCUUGGAGUCCUAUCAAGAGUCCUUUCAAAGUUCCUACAGUAGAACAAACUCAAGAGGCAGUGUAUAGUCUGCUGCAGUUAACAGACUUCUAAUUGGUAGAUACCGGUACAGUACUUUGAUUCCUGUAGAUAACAGCCAAUCAUAAAACUAUUGAAUCGUGUUUGUGAUGUCAGUGUAUGUAGAUGAUAAAUGAGAAUUUUAUCAAUUGCCAUGAUACAGGGUGAUUGGAAUUAUGAAGAACUUAAAACUCUCCCUUUACAGGUAUUUGUUCAUUCACUCUUGUCUAAUUACUGUCACGUGUUAUUUUAAGAUGUUCAUAUUUCACAGUUAAGCUCUCGAUAUGCAUUUAUUUUAUUCUUGUUACUUCACACAAUGGAGCAUCACACAUCAAGGACAAAAAAGUGAAGUGUAGAAAAGUUUGUAACAUCUGGAGAGGACGGGUUUGAAAAAUUGCUUGAAAGAUGUACGUACAAGCAAUGAAUUGAUUAUAUACAGAAUAGCAGGGAAAAUAAGAGAUCAUGUAUGUUAGACAUUAGAAAUUAUAGUGUUUGAAGCAUUCAUAUAACAAAAAACUUAUUCACUAUGUAAACUUCAGCAUAAACUAAUUACAGUAAUAUCCCGACUGUGACCCUAUUUGCCGUCGCAAUAAACGGAGUAAUAGCAUUGGUUCCAGGUGGUGUAUCAGUCUCAUAAUAUGUAGACGACUUGGCCAUUUAGUAUGCAGCUUCCCACAUGUUGGACCACACAAACAUGGUUUCUGAAUUUCUCCCUUGAAGACCAUUGCCAUGCAUUUCUGCUGCCUCUGAGGUGUUCACCCAGAUCUUGAUCUACAGUUCUCUGGUCGUCGUGUGCGGUGUGUCACAGAGACCUGUUUCCUGGGCAUUAUCUUUGACAACCAGCUUAUAUGGCAGCCACAUAUUCGUUACCUAAACGUCUUGCCAACGUGCUCUCAUGUUAUUGAGAGUCUUGGGGCACACGUCAUGGGUGUGAGGUGUACUCGUCAGCCACUGAGGCUAGACUUAAUAUACUCCACACUAUUCAUCAUGCUGGGGUGCACUUGGCGACCGGUGCCUUCAGGUCCUCGCCAAUCCCAAGUCUACUAGUUGAUGCUGAUGAGCCAACCCUUGAUCUUCCACGUCAGUAUCUCCAGGUCCAGUGUUGGUUUUGCCUCCACCGCCUUCUGCAGUCUAUAACCAACACUUGUGUCGUUGGUGAGACUAUGUCCCCAGAUUAAGAAUCCAAUCAAGCCUUCCACAACCUUUUGGCUUCAGGGUAAGGGAGGUUGUGAGUAUUCUUUGCUUCCUCCUGUUCACAUAUGCCAAAUGCAGUUCCUUAGUGCUGCUCCAUGGAUUCUCCCAGAAGUUCAAGUUUGUUAGUACAGUGGAUACCUGUACUGUACAAUAUUGUAUCAUAAAUGACAAUCAUGGUAGAAUGUGUGGGAUAAGCAGCAUGUCAGUGGGAUGC